AUGGAUUUUCCUGGUCUAGGGGCCUUGGGGACCUCGGAACCCUUGCCCCAGUUUGUGGAUUCUGCCCUGGUGUCCUCGACAUCAGACUCAGCGGGUUUCUUUUCCACUGGGCCCGAGGGUUUGGAUACAGCAUCUUCCUCCACUUCUCCAAAUGCAGCCACGGCAGCAGCCACGGCACUGGCCUACUACAGAGAAGCUGAGGCCUACAGACACUCCCCAGUCUUUCAGGUGUACCCGCUGCUCAACAAUAUGGAGGGAAUCCCAGGGAGCUCACCUUAUGCUAGCUGGGCCUAUAGCAAGACGGCGCUCUACCCUGCCUCAACUGUGUGUCCCAGUCAUGAGGAUGCCCCUUCCCAGACCCUGGAAGACCCAGAUGGGAAGAACAACAAUACAUUCUUGGAAACCUUGAAGACGGAGCGGCUGAGUCCAGACCUCCUGACCCUGGGGACUGCACUGCCUACAUCACUCCCUGUCACCAGCAGUGCUUAUGGGGGAGCUGACUUUCCCAGUCCUUUCUUCUCUCCCACUGGGAGCCCUCUCAGCUCGGCAGCCUAUUCUUCCCCCAAGUUUCCUGGAAGCCUACCAUUGGCCCUUCCUUGUUUUUCCUUUUCUCUCCAUCUACCAGAGGCCAGAGAGUGUGUGAACUGUGGAGCAACGGCUACUCCACUGUGGCGGAGGGACAGGACAGGUCACUACCUGUGCAAUGCUUGUGGCUUGUAUCACAAGAUGAAUGGUCAGAACCGGCCUCUCAUCCGGCCCAAGAAGCGAAUGAUUGUCAGCAAGCGAGCAGGCACCCAAUGCACUAACUGUCAAACAACCACCACGACACUCUGGCGGAGGAAUGCCAGUGGGGACCCGGUGUGCAAUGCCUGUGGCCUCUACUACAAGCUGCACCAGGUGAACCGCCCACUGACCAUGAGGAAAGAUGGAAUCCAGACGAGGAACCGCAAGGCAUCUGGAAAAGGGAAAAAGAAGCGGGGCUCAAGUCUGGCCGGAGCAGGAGCGGCUGAAGGACCAGCUGGUGGCUUCAUGGUGGUAGCUGGUGGCAGCAGUGGUGGUAAUUGCGGAGAGGUGGCCUCAGGCUUGACACUGGGCACUGCAGGUACUGCCCAUCUCUACCAGGGCCUGGGACCUGUGGUGCUGUCAGGGCCUGUCAGCCAUCUUAUGUCUUUCCCUGGACCUCUGCUGGGAUCGCCUACGGCCUCCUUCCCCCCAGGUCCUGUGCCUACCACCACCAGCACUAGUGUAGUGUCUCCACUCAGUUCUUGA